UCAACUUUUUUUAUGUCAUUACAAACUUCACAACCAUAGUUUAAAAAGACACUCAAAUAAGAGACCAAAGAAAAACACAUAAGAGAAAAUGGCAGAUUGGGGUCCAAUUUUUGUGUCCGUGGUGCUCUUCAUUCUCUUGACUCCUGGAUUGCUUUUUCAAAUACCUGGUAGAGGAAGGUUUAUAGAGUUUGGAAACUUUCAAACUAGUGGAUUGUCUAUACUCAUCCAUGCUAUGCUCUACUUUGCUCUUGUUUGCAUCUUCUUCUUAGCUAUUGGAAUUCACAUGUAUGCUGGAUAAUUUAUAGUAAUCUCGAAAAACCUUGUUGAAUUAUAUAGAAUGUGUUGUCAAGUUUAUUUAGUAUGAAUUUAGAUGUAUAUAAGAAAAAAUUGAAUAACGACCGAAUUUGAAGAAGGAAAAGAUGAAGUUUGUCACGAAGUAGGGUAAAUGUCAUCUUUUUCUUCGAUAAUUUUAGUCGCUAAUUCGAUUUUUUCUUAUAUAUAGUGUGGCUUAAUUUUUGGUGGCUGAUUUGGUUGUAAUAUGAUGCUCUUAGUUUAUGUAUUUUGUUUUCUUUUCA